CUCUGGGGUUUUCCGGAGGGAAAGCAUGUGCAGAAUGUCUUCCCUGUCAUGGGCAAGUGCAGCUCUGUCCCGUCUUUGCGACCCUAUAAAGGAGCCUGAGUGGAGGAGGGCAGGUCAGAAUUGACGAUGCCGUGACUUGGCCUCUCAGUGUCACGCAGCCCCUGCGGGUUAUAAGAACGACUGAGCUAACCUGCACGAACCGCCUAGAACAGCACCCGGAGCAUAGUUACAGCUCCUUACAGAUGUCACAGUGCCUUUACAACAGGAAAGGGAAGUGCCUGCUGGCUGCCCCAGACGCUGCCAGCUUCAUGGCAUUUUUCUGCCUACAAACUAAUCCUAAGGAAGAGAGGAGGUCAUAGGGAGAAAUUGCACCCAGUCAAGGGUAAACUUUACAAAACAUGAAAUUCCCCUCUCCAAAAAACAAAGGGAAGAAACUCAGUCCAGUGCCUGCCCCUGAGGUGAACCUGAAAUGACAGAGCAGACACUCUCCAAAACUUCACAUUUGGUCACCAGGGUCUUCGGUCAAUUCUGCUUUCUUCGUCACAUCUGAGUGGUCGAAACGCCAGUGAUCUGGGCUAUUCCUUUAGCUGCUGAUAGACAUGCAAUCCCUUGGCAGGAGGAAGGGCUCCUGUGCCUUUAAGGUCACUGUUAAUCAUAUAACUUUAUUGUGUUCCUGGGCCAUAAAGGAAAUGUCCUCCUUGAUCUGAAUGUCUAUUUUAUGAUGUCCAUAAACAGCGAAUUGCCCGUGACUGUUCCCGGAGCGAGAACGUCCUCAGCCAGUUGUGUGGUUCAAGGGCGGUUGCAGGGGUCAGGAGAGGGCAACAGUGGGACAAACAGGUGAGUUUGCUUCCCAGGAAGAGGGACAUGCCCCCCCCCACCCCUCACUGACAGGGAAGCCUGCCAGCCCUUCCUCCACAGGGCCCUGGCUCUCAGGGAUUGGAGGUUGGACCAGAGCAGAAAUAAAGGCACCCUGCCCCCACCCUCCACAAUCUUCAGGACGCCUGGAGUGCUUAUCUCUUAGGGGCCAAGUGAUGCAAAUUAUUUUCCCUAAUGCAAAAAUAAGAUAUCUCUUUCUGAAAGGAUAGCAGAGGUAUUUUUUCUAAUGCUUGGGAAGUGUCUGCUGAGCAUAGAUUCACUGGAGGGUGCUCAGCACCCCACCCUGAUGCUGCAGGUCAGGACAGACAAGGGGGAGCAUGGCUCAUUGCAUCAUACUCACAGCAUGCAAAUCUAAGCCCAGGGAUGGUGUGCAGUGAUGACUAUCAAGGGCAAUGGAACGGAUGUGCGGGAGCUCCCAGGCCACAUGCCCACACCCUUGUGAUGUUAUUUGCUCUACUCUUGCAGGUCAGAUGCUUGGGAUGGUAAUGCCCAUGCUGAUGUUCCUAGGUCCCCUCCCUCAGUGCACCCCUCUGGGGGCCAGCAUGUUAUAUUGCUAGGGCCGUGUGUGCUUUCAUUUGCCUAGGGGAGAAAAGUACGCAUUCCCGUUAGCUCAGGUGCACAGAGGACGAGGACGGAAGAACGGCUGUUGUAGAAAGAAGAACUGAUCCAGAGUGUGCUGGCGCAGGUUGCAGAGCAGUUCUCAAGAGCAUUCAAAAUCAAUGAACUGAAAGCUGAGGUCGCAAAUCACUUGGCCGUGCUAGAGAAACGCGUGGAAUUGGAAGGACUAAAAGUGGUGGAGAUUGAGAAAUGCAAGAGUGACAUUAAGAAGAUGAAGGAGGAGCUGGCGGCCAGAAGCAGCAGGGCCAGCUGCCUCUGUAAGUACAGUUUUUUGGAUAACAACAAGAAGUUGACUCCUCGACGUGAUGUUCCCACUUACCCCAAGUAUCUGCUCUCUCCAGAGACUGUCGAGGCCCUGCGGAAGCCGACCUUUGACGUCUGGCUUUGGGAGCCCAACGAGAUGCUGAGCUGCCUGGAGCACAUGUACCACGACCUCGGGCUGGUCAGGGACUUCAGCAUCAACCCCGUCACCCUCAGGAGGUGGCUGCUCUGUGUGCACGACAACUACAGAAACAACCCCUUCCACAACUUCCGGCACUGCUUCUGCGUGGCCCAGAUGAUGUACAGCAUGGUCUGGCUCUGCGGUCUCCAGGAGAAGUUUUCCCAAACGGAUAUCCUGAUCCUAAUGACAGCAGCCAUCUGCCACGAUCUGGACCAUCCCGGCUACAACAACACGUACCAGAUCAACGCCCGCACAGAGCUGGCAGUCCGCUACAAUGACAUCUCGCCACUGGAGAACCACCACUGCGCCGUGGCCUUCCAGAUCCUCGCCCAGCCCGAGUGCAACAUCUUCUCCAGCAUCCCCCCUGAUGGCUUCAAGCAGAUCCGACAGGGAAUGAUCACGUUAAUCUUGGCCACUGACAUGGCAAGGCACGCAGAAAUUAUGGAUUCUUUCAAAGAGAAAAUGGAGAAUUUUGACUACAGCAAUGAGGAGCACAUGACCCUGCUGAAGAUGAUUUUGAUAAAAUGCUGUGAUAUCUCUAAUGAGGUCCGGCCAAUGGAAGUUGCAGAGCCUUGGGUGGACUGCUUAUUAGAGGAAUAUUUUAUGCAGAGCGACCGCGAGAAGUCAGAAGGCCUCCCCGUCGCCCCGUUCAUGGACCGAGACAAAGUGACCAAGGCUACAGCCCAGAUUGGGUUCAUCAAGUUCGUCCUGAUCCCAAUGUUUGAAACAGUGACCAAGCUCUUCCCCAUGGUUGAGGAAAUCAUGCUGCAGCCACUUUGGGAAUCCCGAGAUCGCUACGAGGAACUGAAGCGGAUAGACGACGCCAUGAAAGAGUUACAGAAGAAGACUGACAGCUUGACGUCUGGGGCCACUGAGAAGUCCAGAGAGAGAAGCAGAGAUGUGAAAAGCAGUGAAGGAGACUGUACCUGAGGAAAGUGGGAACCGUGGCCACGGUUCUGGACACGCUGACGGAGCCACGCAGGAUCCUUGCACAGGGAGGAGCUGCCCGGGGCACCUGGCACCACACAACCACGUUUUCUAAGAACCAUUUUGUUCACUGAUACAAAAAAAAGGAAUUCAUGAUGCUGUACAGAAUUUUAUUUUUAAACUGUCUUUUAAAUAAUAUAUUCUUCUAUGGAAA